ACCACUUUCUCUCUCACACACAACACGCAAAACACACACUAACAACCACAUGGGUACUUUGGUGGGACAUGUUGCACCAGGGUUUGGUUUUCUUCUCAUUGGUUUAUGGCACCUUCUUAACCAUAUUAAACUUCACGUUCAAAGCCCCAAAUCCUACCAUUCUUUGCCAUGGUUUCCGUCUUCCAAAAUAAGGUAUUUGGAACUUUUCUUGAUCAUGGUAGGUUGUUCCAUGUCUAUAGCCAUGGAGUUGUUUAUUGGGCCAGACCGUCAUCAGCCGUUCGAUACAGAUGGCACAAUCCCUUCUAAUCACCUCCACAACUUUGAACACUCGUUCAUUUCCAUGAUGUUUUUGGUUUAUGCUGCUUUUGCAAUCCUGUUAGACAAGUUUGUACCAAAAGCCCAAUACGAGUUGACUCAAUUGCUUGCAGGUGUUGCGUUUGGACAACAACUCCUCCUCUUCCAUCUUCACUCUGCUGACCAUAUGGGUGUUGAAGGACAAUAUCAUAUGCUUUUACAAAUACUCAUUCUUAUCUCUCUCAUCACCACCCUUAUGGGGAUUGGCUACCAAAAGAGUUUUGUGGUUAGCUUCAUAAGGUCUAUUAGUAUAUUCUUCCAAGGUCUUUGGCUCAUGGUCAUGGGUUUCAUGCUUUGGACAAGAAGCUUGAUUCCUAAAGGUUGUUUCUUGAAUUUGGAAGAGGGUCAUCAGGUCGUCCGAUGCCAUGGGGAUGAAGCCUUAGAACGUGCCAAGUCGCUAGUAAAUAUUCAAUUUAGCUGGUAUUUGAUAUGGGUUAUGAUUUUGGCCAUGUCCCUUUAUCUUGCCAUGCAUAAAAUCUACGAGGGAAAAGUUGAGUACCAAUCAAUAACAAGGUACAAUCAAGAACAAGCAGAUCAAGAUAUCGAGGCUCAAAAGAAAAGCACACUUGACGAAUCAAAGAGCUUUCUUCUAAUGGAUAAAUCUUUUGAUCCAAUUGACAUGGAAAGGUAAAAGGGGGAUAAAAGAGACUUAAAGUUAAUAGCUCAUAAUUGGUGGGUUUUAGGUGAAUCGAUGUGUUGAUUUCAUUUCUUCUUUUAAAGUAAGUAGUUUUAAAGCAAAACCAAUGAAAAGAAUGUGAUUAUAUGGUUUGAAACGUAGUUUUAGCAUCGAGGUUGGUUUGUUUUUUCUUUACUUUUUCAAUAGAAGUUAACGGUUCAUCUGGAACUAAGAAUUUGUAAAGGGUUCCGUUAUAUAUA